GCCGUUUGUAUGCAAUGCAAACAGGGAUGAAGAUUGAUAGUAAAACCCCAGAAUGCCGUAAAUUUUUAUCCAAACUUAUGGAUCAGUUGGAAGCUAUGAAAAAGCAAUUUGGUGAUAAUGAAGCUAUUACUCAGGAAAUUGUUGGUUGUGCUCAUGUGGAAAAUUAUGCUUUGAAAAUGUUUUUGUAUGCAGACAAUGAAGACAGAGCUGGGCAGUUUCAUAAAAACAUGAUAAAGUCCUUUUAUACUGCAAGUCUUCUGAUAGAUGUUCUGACAGUAUUUGGGGAGCUCUCUGAAGAGAACGUUCAGCACAGGAAGUAUGCCAGAUGGAAGGCAGCAUACAUUCAUAACUGCUUAAAGAAUGGAGAGACUCCUCAGCCCGGACCUAUUGGAAUGGAAGGAGAAGGCUUUGCAGAUGCCGAAAAAGAAGAAGCAGGCUCAUCUUCUCUCCAUAGCGGAACAGCUCAACCAUCAUCGUCAUCUACCUAUGAAGCAAACAACAUACCAACUAGUAAUUACACUGGCAUACAUAUACCACCAGGUGCCCAUGCCCCAGCCAACACUCCGGCUGAAGUACCUCAUAACACAGGUGUGACAAGUAAUACCAUUCAGCCUUCUCCACAGAGUAUUCCUCUAGUAGAUCCUUCCCUUUACAGUGCUCAGUCUGCAGGGGAAGUCCGUUUGACUCCAGAGGACUUUGCCAGAGCUCAGAAAUAUUGCAAAUAUGCUGGCAGUGCUUUGCAGUAUGAAGAUGUGAGCACUGCUGUUCAGAAUCUACAGAAGGCCCUCAAGUUACUGAUUACAGGCAGAGAAUGAAGCCUUUGUCCAACAGAUUUGUGUCUUUUGCCUAAAGAACUAACAGUUUAUUAUUGUACCUGUUAGGGGAAUGGAGUUACACAAAAGUUCUUAAUCCCAUUGCCCAUGACAGUGAAAUCACUGUUUCAGUGUCACAUUACCAAUUAAUGGUACAGUAGGAAUCUCAAACAGUUUUCAUUUUCCACUCAGUGGAACUAGAAAUAUAUGGAUGCAGUGGAUUGAUAUAAGCAAAAAUUGAAGAAUGUACUGUGAACACUGCUCAAGAGUUAGAAUUCACGUUGCAAUAUUUAGACUACUGGAGAGGGAAAAUGCUGAAUCUGUAAAACCAUGAACAGAAGAGUGUUCUGUUAAAAUUCUGAGUCUGUUUUUAUUAUUUUGAACAAAUAUUUAAUAAGUAUAAUAGCUUUAAAAUGGUAACUAAGAUUAGAGCUUUCCUUCUGAAAUGAGAGCACGUGAGAGGACUGACAGAUCCACAAUGGAAAGAAUUUAUUUCAGUGUGUAAAUUAUUUGGGUAUCAUCUGAGAUCCAAGUCAACAUUUAUGUUUAGUUUUAAAAUAUGCUGGAAAUCCAUCUCUUGAUACUUCAGGUGGAGUCAUUUUGAUGGUGUUCUGACCCUGUUCCCCACAAUGCUGUGGACUGCAGCGUACCAGUAUACCAGUCUUGCUCCUUUUGCAUGAACGUUUAAAAUUUUGUAUAUGUAUGGGUAGUUAAGAGGAAAUACUGAUAUUAAUCAGAGAUGAUCCUGAAACUAGAAGAGAGAUUCUAGAUUAUAUGAACUUUCAGGGAGAUUUACUUCAUAGUUGUUCCAUCUCUUUAAUAGGCUGAAUCAUAGAGCAGUUCUUCAACCAUUAUUGUAGCGUAGGUUCAUCUCUAGUACUAGUGUCAUAGAGCUUGGUAUUUCCAGCCGGCAUUCUUCCCUGCCUGCUUUGUUGUGGAGACUUUUUGGGCGUCGGAAUUAAAGUGUCUUGGAAACAGAAUUUCGGGUCUUUAUAAGGUCUAUCCCUGCAAUUAUAGAGCUCUUGGUUGUUAAAAAUCGAUCCAUGCUGUUUUUAAAAAAAAAAAAAAAAAAAAAAGGCAAGCCUUUUUACUAGUGUGAACUAAUGAGUAUAUCCUAAAGCAUGUCUGAUUUGUGUAAUAUAUUUUAACAUCAGGUUAUCUGGUAUGUCUUUCAUUCCAAGUCUCCAGAUGAAAUGUAUGUAUCUUUUAUAGCUGCACUGUUUUCCAGUGACUAAAAUAUACCUGAUAUUUAAUGCAAAAAGAGGAGGAAAAGAAAACCAAACAAACAUAUAACGAUGCAUUAAAAUCACCUGUUCAUAUCCUGUUAAGAGAGCAGAAUCUGUUUAACAGCAAGUUUGAAAAGGUUAGUAUGAAAUGUAUUAAUCUAUCAUAGUACAUUUUAGCUGAGCAACAUUUAAUAGAUAAAAGAGAUCUAGUAUUAUUUUUGUUUUGUUUUAUGCUGUGGGAACGUAUGCUAAUCUGGACAGUAGUUUGAAUUAGAUUUGCAUUGGUUUAGGAAGUUAAGAAUUUUAAACAUUUUGGACAGUAAUGCUCUAUAACCUUGGGCAGUGAACCUGUGUUUUAUACAGUGCUUCGUACAAGUUAAAUCCUUCAGUUAGCUUCAGCAUCAAACUGAUUUACUGUAAAUUCUUCCAUUUAUAUUAUUGUGGGGUUGUACGGUGAUUUGAAAAGCUGCUUUUCGGGUAAGAGGAGGGUGGAGGACGUUCCUCCAUGUAGAAAUUUAUAUUGCAUUGCUAUAAAAAUCAUGACUUCCUUUCCUUUGUGGAGUUUCAGUCCCCAAUACCUGAAGGAGAAAGGUCAAUUUUGCUGUUUCUAUUUAUAAAAUAAUUAAAAGAACUUAUGGGCUUUUGUAUUACACAAAAAAAAAAAGCAAGAUGUGAUAUUAACUGUAUCAAUUAGAAGCUUUUCAAUUACAAUUGUUUUUUUUUUCUUGGUGAUUAAGUGAUGUGAUAAGUAAAUAAGAAGGCUGCAAACUAAAUUUAAGUAUUUCUUAAAGAGUAUAACAGAUUGUCUGUUGGUCAUGUUUAUGUUCAACCUCUAGAAAACCAGAGAAUCAUCAGUGAAAAAGCCAUAAGCAGUUUGAGUGAACACUUACAGAUGUGUAAUUUUCCUGUGUCUAGAAAAAAUAAAACAACUGUCACUGAAUGGAAUGGAGAUGAAAAUCCUUAUACAGAAGUUUAAGAAUUUCAUGGAGAAGCUAUCAGGGUGUUCUUUCUGAAAAUGAAUUUUUUAGAGAAUUUGCCAUAUGAAAUUCUCAUGAACUCUAGAAAAUUAAAGAUACCCCAGUGCUAACCUCCAGGCCAUGAUGUCUGAAUUAGCAUAUUGAAGAAUUUUUUUUGCGUAAAAUUAUUUUGUCCUGAUCAUAUUUUUUAAUUAGUAGUUUUAUGAAACAGUUCACCAUGCCAUGUUUGAAGCCAGCUCUUUAAGCUCCUAGCAUUUCAUGCGACGUAAUUCCUUAGGUUUUCUAUGGAUGCCGAAACAAUUUGUGCCAUUCUGUUCGACUUUGUUUAGAGUUCUAGGUUACAUAGUUUAAAGUAUUUGUUGCAGUUGAUUCAGCUUGGAGAAAAGACCCAGUGUUUGUAAUAUUUUGCUCUGUGAAUAAACACUUUCUUUUUGAAUAUU